AUGUUUGCUGUGAUAACAGAUAGCAUUGAAGAAGAUGUGAGCGACCUUUCUGUGUCCGAACUUCUGGAGCGAGCCAACAGUAAUCGCGUCCGCUCUACUGAUGAGCCACUCCUGAUUGAGGGAGACAUCGCCAUCGACGGUGAGGCCGAGAGGAAUGCUGACCCCUGUACCAGCCGUGGUUGCAAAUGGGGCAAAUACACCGAUGGGAAGGUCUACAUUCCUUAUUACAUCACCAAUCACUUUUCCUCCCGUGAAAAGUCCAUCAUCGUCCGUGGACUGGAGUCCUUCUCCUCCUUUUCCUGUAUCCGCUUCAGGCCCACCAGAAGCAGCGACCGUGACUGGCUCAGCAUCGAAUCCCAAAAUGGAUGCUACUCAUUUGUUGGCCGCCGCGGAGGUAAGCAGGUUGUGUCUCUGGCCCGCCGGGGAUGCCUCUAUCAUGGCACUGUCCAGCACGAGUUGCUCCACGCCCUGGGAUUCAAUCAUGAGCAGACCCGCUCUGACAGGGACAACCACAUCAGAGUUCUUCUGCAGAAUGUUCAAUCUGGAAUGGAGCACAACUUCAGAAAGAUUGCUACACUCAACCAGGGCACUUCCUAUGACUACAACUCUGUCAUGCAAUACCACAAGUUUGCCUUCUCCAAGAACAACCAGCCCACCAUGCUUCCCUAUCCUAAUAGCAACGUGGCCUUUGGCACUGCCAAGGAAAUGAGCCGCGCUGACAUCGCCAGGCUCAACACCCUCUACCAGUGUUAGGACAGCAGGUUUCAAAGUGACGACUGAAAGUCCGAGAGUCUUUUCUGCUUGUCUUCCAAGAGGCAUCAGAGUUGCAUCUUUGAACUCAUCUUUGAAUCACAAAUAAAUGAACUUCAACAUGG